AUGGUGGGUUUCCCCCUCGCUCAGGGCUCUGUGCUGGCGCUGCAUGGCCUGGUGAGAGUUAACGCGGGCGGCGCCGCGUCUCCAUUGGUGCCGGCUCCGUUCCGCUCGUUCGGMGCUGCGGUGUCCGGCAUGCGCUGCCCGCUGCCAGCCCUGCUCUGCCUGCUCGGCAUGGGCGCCGCAGCCGAGGAUGCACCUGCGGCGGAGCCCUGGUGCCCCUACAAGGUGCAUGGCGCGGGGAGCGGGCGCCUGUGCUUCCGUGCGCCGGCGCAUGCCUUCCAGUGCGCAGCGCAGGCCUGCCGCGCGCACCGCUCACCCGGCGGCGCGCUCGUGGCCAACGUGCUGCGCAAUGGCAGCGUGCUGCUGCAGUGGGCGCCACCGUGGGGGCCCAGCGGCCUGCGCGGCUUCACGCUCAACUGCUCCUGGGACGGCACCUACACGCGCUUCCCGUGUGAGAGCGUGGAGCUGGGCGCCGCGUGCCGCGACUACCUGCUGCAUGAGGCGCACGGCGGCGUGCGCUACCGCGUGUGCAUGCAGGCACGCUAUGGGGCGCCGCACACCGCCGCUGCCGCGCACUGUGUGGAGUUCCGCGUGGAGCCCGCCGCCAUGCGGGACAUCGUCAUCGCCAUGACUGCCGUGGGCGGCUCCAUCUGCGUCAUGCUCGUCUUCAUUUGCCUUCUCGUGGCCUACAUCACCGAGAACCUCAUGAGCCCGGCUGCUGCCACGCGGCAUGCAUAG